UCCGCGGGGUCCUAGCGCCAGCUCUUCGCCGCUGCCGCCGCCACGCCGCUCGCCCUCCGGGACCCGGGCGAGCGCCACUCGCCGGCUGGCGGCUUAGGGCGCGCGAUACCCGACGGCUGAGCUGGCGGCGGCUGCCAUGAGGAGCGUGCACCCCCUGCUCCUCUUCUCCUCCCUGCUCGCCCUCUGCGGGCGCGGGGACUGCCGCAUGGCCAAUGCCGAGGAGAAGCUGAUGGAUGACCUCCUGAACAAGACCCGCUACAACAACCUGAUCCGCCCGGCCACCAGCUCCUCGCAGCUCAUCUCCAUCCACCUGCAGCUCUCUCUGGCCCAGCUCAUCAGCGUGAACGAGCGAGAACAGAUCAUGACCACCAACGUCUGGCUGAAGCAGGAGUGGACUGACUACCGCCUGGCCUGGGACAGCUCCCGCUACGAGGGGGUGAACAUCCUGAGGAUCCCUGCCAAGCGCGUCUGGCUGCCCGACAUAGUGCUCUACAACAA